AUGGGAAGGACAGACAAAGGGUCUUUGCCCGCGAGGAUAAGGAACUUGCUCACGGUGGUGGACGAUUCUCUCAGGGCCGCCAUUCAACCGCAGACUGGAAACACAGCGGCAAACCCGCUUGGCGCGGUGGCAGCUCCGGCAGCGGUGUUGCUGUCGGUCAUGGCCGGCACGGUGUUGGGUGCCGUUUCCUACCGCCGCUCGGCGCGCCAGCUCACACGGGUGCUGGCGCCGGAGGUGUCUUCACCGUCGCCACAAGCUGGCAAGCCUCCUGUGACGGGCGUGCCUACACCAACAAGGGCACCACGCGCGACAGAUUUCCUGACGAAGGGCGAGAUCGUGUACCUCUUUGCUGUGCCAGGCCUCUUCGCCGUGUCCUUGGCGGGACUGCUCGGCAUGCUGGGCCACUGGGCCCUCGGAGCCCAAAGCGUCGAAGAAGCCGUGCGACGGCUGCCCGGUGCCCAGAGUUCCCAGAGUUCCCUGAGCCAGAAACUUCUCCAGGGUUCGUAG